AUGGCCAGCAAGGCCAUCCUUAUUCUGCAAACGCCCAUGCCUUCAGCAGCCAGGGUUACAAAAUCACCGGCACCGCCAUUGAGUGCUGCCGCCAUGGCAUCCAGCUGCGCCUUUCUUGGUUGCGCGCUGCCGUCGGCCGACUGGGCAGCCUGGCCCAGGUCAUUGGCUGUAUAUCCGUCAGCAGCGGAAGAUAUGUCAAAAUACGUUUUAAAAGCAAUGCCGCAAUGCCGCCGGGUAUUGCCUCAACAUGUCGCCACCCUGGCAAUGCCGUAUUGUAGAAAAUAUCGAAAGAGCCAGAUAGUGGCUGCUAUCAAGAAACAGGAAAGCGGUGUACCUGUAAAAGAAAUCAGCCGGGAACUGGGUAUCAACCAGGCAACUUUUUAUAACUGGAAAGCCAAAUAUGGCGGCAUGGAAUGUGGACGAAAUCGAUUCUUCGAUAAGAUUUAG